UCAAUCAUUUGUCAAUUCAAAUUUCAAACUAACGGAAUUGAAAAGGUUAUGGACAAAAGGGACAAAAGUGUUUAAAAUUUAAAAACAAACUUUAUUUUUUAUUAAUAUUUUUGAUAUACUAUUAGUAGCAGUUAGUGGUGUCAACCUUUGUGAUACUAUGGAUAACGAAAGAACAUUUAUAUCAGAGGACUAUGAAGGACUUUUACUCCAAUAUAAAAGUUUGCGACAAGAAUUAGAUGUGGUAAAACAACAAUUACACGACUCAACCAGACAGGCAAAGUUAAGCGAAACAUUAUUAAGAGAUUAUCAAAGUGAAAUUGAACUCCUUCAAAAUGGUGAUCGUAAUGAAAAAGAAAAAUUGGAAACAAAAAUUGUCAAUCUUGAGGAGGCAAUUAAUAAUUUAAGGUUGGCCCAUUCUGAAAAAUUAACAAAUAUUGAAGCCAAACUAAUAAAGAAAGAACAAGAGAAUGAGGACUUAAAAAUUGAAAUUGACCUAUUAAAAAAGUCAAACUGUACAGAAAAUGAUGGUGAAUUAUCGAUGGAGUUUGAAGAAGUAUUAAGUUUAAAAAGUGCGAAUGAGCUUCUUAAAAAAAGUUACGAAGAAUUACUUGAACACUAUGCAUCCUUACAAAAUCAGCAUACAGAAGUCGAAAUUCUUCUAGAACAACAUAAAGAAGAAAUAUCUCAACUGAAAGAAUCAUUAGAAGUGAAAAGAAACGAAGUUGCAGAAAAUACUGUCCUAAUAGAGAAACUUAAUGAUGAUUUAUUUUGUGUCAGGAAAGAAUUAGAAACCUAUAGAAGCAAACCUCUAGAUGAAGGUAGCAAGGGCAAUUCUUUAUUUGCAGAAGUGGACGAUCGUCGUGUUUAUCUGCAGAAGACUGUAAACAAUAUGAAGACUGACUAUGUCCGAAUAAAACAAGAAAAAAUGCAAUUUGUUAAACAGAUAUCUCAUUUACGCAAAGUAAAUGCCGAUCUUCAAAGUAUGUGGCGGAAAGAUUUAGAACAAAUUGAUGAGGAUAAGCAAAUGGUUGUAGAUUCUCUAAAUAAUAACUUAAAGAUUCUUCAGGAUAUGAUUGAUGAACAGAAAGCAGAACUGGAACAAAAGGCGGGGAGGUUAAAUGACAAUUUAUCACCAGAAUAUCAAUUCUAUCAAGAUGUGAUUAAAAGUAAAACGAAAGAAGUAUAUGACUUACAAGAAAAGUUGUCGAAAAAAUCCCUUGGUGAAUAUUUGUUAACAACAUCACUAAACAAAGCCAAUAAAAAAAUUAGGCAGCUUAAAUUAAAAGUAAUGGAAUUCGAGGAACAGAGGCAAAACUUGUCUGAAGAGCAGACCACUUCUUGUGAGCCAAUUGUUGAACAUAGACACAAUCCUAUUUAUGGAAUUGAUAGUGUACCAUUGCAGAAAAGUUGCCUAAAAUCAAAAGAAAAUGUAUUAAGAGUUGAUCAAAAUGAAGAAACUUUAGAUUUAGAUACUUCAAAGCAUAAUCACUCAGUUGAUGCAUUUAACAUCUUCCAUAAUCGAAGAAGCAGAAGAGAAAUAGAAAGAAAAGAAAAUUACGAUUGUCCAGCACCGGACUUUAAUACAGAAGUGCAUACAAAUUCCUUUCAGAGUAAUGAUCUAGAUAUCACUGCUAGUGUAGAAGAUAAAGAAAAUAAAGAUGUCUAUGAGAAUAUGUCAAAUUUAAAGAAGAAAGGAGUUACUUUUAGUGAAGAUACAACAGAGGGCUCAGGUCCAGCGCGAAGAAAUUGUACGCUAAUUGUUUCGGCCCCAAAGAAAAUGUUUUAACUUGAGUCGCAAUAUUUUCAUGUACCUAUCUAAUUUUAUCAUGUUUGAUAUUUUUUUUGUUAAUGCUUCAUUAAACAGAUUUAACCAAU